AGCGACUCCACAGCUAAACAAAGCUGAACUGUAGGCCUACAGAUUUGGAGUUUGUAAAAAAGGUCAAGAAAAUAAUGUCUUGCAAAUUCGAAUUCGACCUAAAUGAACGGCGACAUCGCGGCAUGACUAGGACUUCUCUAUGGUAUUUUAUGUUCAAUAUCCGCAUUAUUUGAGCCCGCCCAUUGAAUAUCAGAGUUCUAAUUGAUGCGUGUGAACUCUGCUGGCAAUGCAGUCAACAUCUAUCGGAAAGGGGAUCCUACACUGCUAUGAAGUUCUGCCGGAAUAGAUUUCAGCAUAUAAAAGCAAGCCGUUGUUCUACAGUCCCCUUCAAAUUUCUUUCAUACCAUAUCACGGCCUCACAAAAGAUGCAUUUCUCCUUCGUUCUCGCCGUUGUUACUGCUCUGAUUGCAACAGUAUCUGCCACUGACACAUGUCACAAUCUUUGCAACGAAGUCAGUUGCUGUGCUGGUCAGACCUGCACGCCGACAUUCGUCCAAGCGCUUAAUGCAGUCGUCGAUUAUUGUGAGUAGUAUGUCGCGACAGUGGAUCGCAGUGAGUCGUGUUUCUGCUUUCGCAUCGAUGUAGUAUGAUUGAUGCCACGAUGCAUGAGUAGUUUGUUGCAGAGUUGAUAAUGGU